GGCACGGCCAAGGGAAGGUUUCAAAGGGGGACCUGAAGGGGUAAGCGCGCUAUUUAUUUGCCCGAGCACAACUCCCAAAGUCAAUUGGGGCACCUCCUCUGUCUUUUUUGCCAUAUUUGCACCCCACGAGCUCAACGGGUGGACGAUCGCAGACCAAUUCCAAGUCCUCUGUCUCUAUCUCGAGUGAACGAUAAUACACCAAUCGUCACCAUGUCCAAGAUUAACACCAUCUUGCUCGACUGCGACAACACCCUCGUGCUGUCCGAAGAGCUCGCCUUCGAGGGCUGCGCCGAACUGAUCAACGAGAUCGCCGCCGCCAAGAAUGUGCCUCUCGAGAAGCCCUUCACGGGCGAGUCGCUCAUCGUCGAGUUCGUCGGCCAGAACUUCCGCGGCAUGCUGUUGUCGCUGCAGAAGCGCUACGGCUUCCCCCUGACCGACGCCGAGCUCGAGGACUACGUGCGCCGCGAAGAGGACGUCGUCAUCGCCAAGCUCAAGGAGAAGCUCGUGUCGUGCCCGGGCGUCGACGACGUGCUCGCCAAGCUGGCCGCCUCGGGCGAGUACAAGCUCGCCGUCGUCAGCAGCUCCGCCCUCCGCCGCGUCCAGGCCAGCGUCGACAAGGUCGGCCAGUCCAAGUACUUUGGCGGCGACAUCUUCUCGGCCGCCACGAGCCUGCCCAAGCCCACGAGCAAGCCCGACCCGGCCAUCUACCUGCACGCGAUGGAGAAGCUCGGCAAGAAGGCCGACGAGUGCGUCGCCGUCGAGGACAGCAAGAGCGGCACCCUCAGCGGCACCCGCGCCGGCAUCAAGGUCAUCGGCUACGUCGGGCCGUACAAGGAGGCAGAGAGGGAGAAGAUGGUCAAGGUUCUGACCGAGGCCGGCGCCGUCAUCAUCAUGCACGACUGGAGCGAGUUCGAGGACUGCUUGGCCAAGGUUCAGCGUGGCGAGGUCUAACGGACGGGAACCCAUGAUUCUCAGGCACUGACUGGGUGGUUGGCAAUCUCUGGCAGGCGUUGGGUUUUGUUUGUUGCAUGAUAG